AUGAUCGCCUCUCACGGACGUGGUGGUGCCGGCAACAUGGCCGACACUGCUCACACUCCCAAGACGAACCCCGCCGAUCUCCAGACUCCUGUCCUCAGGGGCUCUGUUGUCACCACUGGCCGUGGCGGUACUGGCAACAUGGCCAAGAACGACGACCCCCGCGAGACUCGCAAGCGCCAGGACGUUGAGGCUGUCCCCCGACGCCCUUCUGCUGGUGCUCAGCACUCUGGCCGUGGCGGUGCUGGCAACGUCUUCAAGGACACUGACGAGGAGCUGACUCGCCGACCAAGCAACGAGGAGGCCAUCGCCGAGGAGGACGAGCCCGCCAAGCCUGCUCCCGCCACCGAGUCCCUCGCCCAAAAGGGCAAGAACUGGCUCUUUGGCAAGAAGGCUUAG